AAAAAAGUUCCUCAUCUGAAGAUUCUCAUAUGAAAAGGAUUGUUUUCUUGGUUGUAAUAGCACAAAUUGUCAUGUUCGUUUGCUCCUAACACCAGUUGGCGGAGGUGUCUUCUUCUUCUUCUCCUCUACUCUUCAAGCUAGUGAGUGAGCAAAACCUUCUAUACAUUGUUAUUAAUAUUUUUCAACGAUUAUGAUAUGUGGUUUUGUGUAUAGAAGGCUAGUGUAUGCACAAGUUUUACCAAAUAUUUAUAGGUGUGUCGUCCAAAAUUUAGGCACUAAUCAUGUCGAUUUGUGUUUGGGUUUGUUGCCCACUAGCAUGAGAUCAUUCUCAACCAAUAUAGAACAAGUUGAAAAGGACCACUCAUUUACUGUGUCAUACCUCAUAAAUUCAUGUGGGUUGUCCCCGGAAAAGGCAAAAUCUGUCUCCAAAAGAAUCAAGCUUCAAUCUGCUGAACGACCAGAUUCGGUCCUGAAAGUUCUAAGAAGCCACCGAUUUACGGCUGCCCAUAUAAUUAAAGUUGUUGGAUUGCGCCCUCGUGUACUUUUAGCCAUUCCUGAGAGGUCAAUAUUGCCUAAAUUUGACUUUUUUAACUCUUUUGGGGUAACAGAUGCUGAGCUUGCGAGUGUUUGCUCUUCAAAUCCAGCUAUUUUGGGUCGCAGUUUGGAAAAUCUGCUCAUUCCUAACUAUAAAUUCCUCAAAAGUGUGCUUCUCUCCGAUGAAAAUGUUAUCAAAUUUUUUAGAAAAAAAUCAUGGCUCUUUCAUAUAGAUUUGCCAAAGAAUGUGUCUCCGAAACUUACAGUCCUAAGAGAAUUUGGAAUGCCUGACCCUCUUAUUGCACUGAUUUUAAUAUGUUAUGCCCCUAUAUUCUUCCAAAAACGUGAGAAGUUUGACAAAAAUGUCAAGAAGGUUAUUGAAAUGGGUUUUGAUCCUCAGAAAUGUGGGUUCAUCCAUGCAAUGCAGGUGUUUGCUUCAAUGAGUCAAUCAACUUUGGAGCAGAAGUUUAAUAUUUUCAGGGGGUGGGGGUGGUCUGAUGAGGACAUUAUGUAUGCGUUCAGAAAUUGCCCCAUUUUUUUUAAUGCCUCUGAAAGCAAAAUAAUAAAUGCAAUGGAUUUUCUUGUGAACAAGAUGGGUUGGCAGUCCACAGAUAUUGCCUUGUAUCCAGACGUUUUCCUAAUGACUUUGGAGAAGAGGAUAAUCCCAAGGUGUUUGGUUAUUAAAGUUCUGCAAUCGAAGGGGUUGGUGAAGAAAAAUUUGAGCCUAAGUACAUGUGCAAAACCUGUUGAGAAGCUAUUCUUGGAUAGGUUUGUGACAAAAUACUUGGACCAGGUUCCUGUACUGAUGAAUAUCUAUCAAAGGAAGGAAGGCUUUCAGGAUCUGGAUCUGGAUAUGAAUAUCUUCCAGCAAACUGUAGCAUGUCAACUUUCCAUACCUAAAACGAUUGUCCCUUGAGUUUCUAAAAUGCCCUUCCUUACUAGCAACUUACAGUAAAGCUUGGAGGUCACAGAAAGAGAUGAGUCAAUGAUAUUGAUUGACUUGAACAAUAUUAUAGAUGUGAUGCUGUGAUAUUUUUUCUUGCGCAACCUCUUUGUUUGGUUGAUGUGUCCUCCUGUAUAAUUGUAAUUACAAUAUUCUAUCAAUCUCCAUUGCACUGGAGGUGGAUUUCAGGUAUGCAGUGGUGAAGUCAAAUUCCUUGUUGGAAAGAGGAUAUGUUUAUUGAGACUCUGACAUCAGUGUAGGGGAUUGAUAGGUAGUCUUGCUUAAUUUGAACUACAUUUUGGAGUGAAUUUUAGUAUGUCUUCUGUGUCGAUGUCCUCUGAAAAGUAUUUGAUAGACACAUUUUUGUCCAAGGUAUCAGGAACAGGUUCCGUGACUAUUUGAUAUAUUUCAAGGUUAAAUUGAUCUUUUGGAACUGAGUAUCAUCAGAUUUGAGUAAAAGCCUGAGCCAAAUCAACUGUAGCUUCUCCUUUGUUAAUUCUUUAUACACAUGGUUUUCUUAUUGUUGUUUGUUAAUUUCGGUGCCUUUGAUCCGGAACUUAUUCAGCUCUGGAUACAGCUUACAGCUUCUUUUAUCAGUUCUCAUUGUUUAAUUGGACAAAUUGAAAUGAAUAAAGUUGAUGAACACACAUGAGUAAUGUACUGACCAAUUCAUGUUAUACAAAUCUCUAAUGUCAACCAGAAAAUAAACAUUCCCCUUAUUUUUU